GUUGCGAACAAACGCGUCUCCUUGUUAGCGGCUAGCGAUCUAAGCUAAGCUAACUAGGCCGAGAAACUAAGCUUCAAACUUGCACCACCAAGACGAGUUUAUCCGGACACGAAGACUUAAAUGAUAGUUUAAUGUUGGUUCUAUAAUUUUAAGGGCAGGAAUACCGAGGUUAAUGUCACUUUUCGUAGAAGAGAAACGAGACGCACACCAUUGGUUACUUUGACCGGAACUUCUAGCCUCAUUUAUUUUGUGAACAUUUCCUGUAGUCUCCUUCAACGUAAGAGCAUUCAUGACACCACCAAAAUAAAAUAUUGUCAUAGACAAACAUUUAGUCAUUUAAAGUAGUGAUAGUCGAACUUUGUGGAGGUUUCAAUCCGUUACUCCUAAUUCUGAAAAAAAUAAAAAAAAUAAUUAGAUGCACGGAAGUAGAUCUGUACCGAAAGUGCUGGCAAUGAGGGAAGCGCAUGCGCGGACGCAGGAUGUUGGACAUGACAGUUUGUUGCAAUCGUUACAAAUUCAGUUUUUGGUAAAAUAAAAACUGGGGGGGACAACAAGAACAACAAGAUUGAGGACCUGACAAAGAAGUUGGUAGGAGGCGACGAUUGUUUGCGUUUGUAUGACGACACACAAAAUAUAUACAGGUAACUCGGACUUGCCCUUUUGAGCUCUCUGCCGACGGUGACGCUAAGCGAGGGAGGGCAAAGUCGUCAGCGCAUUCCACUUGUGUGGACGGUAAGAAAAACCCCAAAAGGCCAAGGAUGUGAUAGCCCACGCUUUGUUGUUGACAAAAAAAGUCACUCUUAUGAGCAUUGAAUAAUAAAUAAUAAAGUUUCGAAUUAAUUUCAGUGUCCAUGCAUUCCCUUCGAUUGGAACGACGACCUUCCCAACAAUGGCCGCCAGUAUGCACGUCGGAUAGCCGGCCUGCUAUAGCUUGGGGGCACAUCUAGUGUUUUAUCUAUGGACGACACACGUCUCAGACGCAAUCGCUCGCGCUUCCAUGUGCUGCACUAAAAAAAUUCUGAAUUUGUACCGAACGUGCUGAACCCACGUCAUAGUAAGCCAAUCAUAACUUUACGAGCCUAAAAUAUAUUUCGUUGAAUCUUGGUGUCUGGUUGAAGUCGUCUCGGUGCACGGCGAAGCUUCUCGGCCUAGCUUAGCUUAGCAUGCUAACAAAGAGACGAGUUUGUGAGCAACACUUCGCUAAACGGACCAGUUUUCUCACCUGAGGUCACAAAUCAGCUGUCUUCUUUCGGUGUCAUAUCUCUUAGGAUGCAAAACUACAAGUUUUACUGUUUCGUAUAUAUGUUUUGUUACGUAUAUAUAUUUUUUUUUAACCCACAAUGUCCAAAUCUGAAUCUUGAUAUAAUAAUUUCAUAUGUCCGAUUUGCACUCGCUUUUCUCAUCCCUCCAACCUAGAGCGGAAAGUGUUGUGAUCGCCUUGUGAAAAUGUGUGCAAGGAGGACGGCAGAGUACGAGGAGGACCUUUGUGCACCAAAAGACAAGAACGAGCCACAACGUCAACUACUGGACGCUGCGUUCAAUCUGCAGCCUCCAACUGUGCUACGCAGACCAGACAUCAGUGAAGCUCUUUGGCCUGAGCGGCAGGGGCCAGAGCCCCCUCACAUUAAAGAGGAAGUUGAGUUCCAGUCCUCUUUCAUGAAAAAAGAGGAUGAAGAGUGCCUCCAGAUCAAGGAGGAGGAAGAAGAGCCCCCCUACAUCAAACAGGAAAAGGAGGAAGAGGAUAUCACCAAGUUGCCAUCGACUGGUGUCCCUUUGAAGAGUGAAAAUGAAGUUCAAAGUGAGGAGAAGAGAGGGGUGGAGCCUCCAAGCAGCAGCUCAAGUCAACACAUGACAACAGAAGGUGAUGGAGACCACUGCGGAGGAUCACAAGCAGACGGCCUCUUAGCUCCACUGUCAGAUUGUGACAACAUGACGUCACACUCUUCUGACUAUGAUGAUGAUGAACAGUCUGAAGGUGAUAUGACAUGUCACACUGACAACAAACGAUGGAAUUGUUCUCAGUGUGGGAAAGCUUUUGCUUAUAAGAGCAGUUUGAAGCAACACAUAAGAAUGCACACUGGCGAGAAACCUUUUGCCUGCUCAGUUUGUGGUCAACGAUUCACUCAGAAGGGACACUUAAAAACACACACAAGAACUCAUGUUGGUGAGAAACCAUUUGCCUGCUCAGUUUGUGGUCAACGAUUCACUCAAAAGGGACACUUAAAAAUGCACACAAGAACACACAUUGGUGACAAACCUUAUACCUGCUCAGUUUGUGGUCAAAGAUUCUCUCAUAAAGGAAGCUUAAAAACACACACAAGAACACAUACUGGUGAGAAACCUUUUGCCUGUUCAGAUUGUGGUCAAAGAUUCACUUACAAGGGAAGCUUUAAAGUACACACAAGAACCCACACUGGUGAGAAACCUUUUGCCUGCACAGUUUGUGGUCAAAGAUUCUCUGAGAAGGGAAACUUGAAAGCACACACAAGAACACACACUGGGGAGAAACCUUUUGCCUGCCCAGAUUGCGGUAAAAGAUUCACUUACAAGGGAAGCUUUAAAAUACACACAAUAACCCACACUGGUGAGAAACCUUUUGCCUGCUCAGAUUGUGGGCGAAAAUUCUCUCAGAAGGGAGACUUAAAAAAACACACAAGAACGCACACUGGUGAGAAACCUUUUGCCUGCUCAGUUUGCGGUCAAAGAUUUACAGAGAAAGGACCCUUAAAAAGACACACAAGAACACACACUGGGGAGAAACCUUUUGUCUGCUCAGAUUGUGGUCAAAGAUUCUCUCAGAAGGGACACUUGAAAAUACACACAAGAACCCACACUGGUGAGAAACCUUUUUCCUGCUUAGUUUGUGGUCAAAGAUUCUCAAAAAAGGCAAACUUAAAAAUACACACACGAACACAUACUGGUGAGAAACCUUAUGCCUGUUCAGUUUGUGGUCAAAGAUUUCGCCAAAAUGAAAACUUAAAAAUACACACCAGAACCCACACUGGUGAGAAACCUUUUUCCUGCUCAGUUUGUGGUCGAAGAUUCUCUUUCAAGGGAAACUUAAAAAUACACACAAUAACCCACACUGGUGAGAAACCUUUUGCCUGCCCAGAUUGUGGUAAAAGAUUCUCUCGGAGGGGAGACUUAAAAAUACACAGAAGAACGCACACUGGUGAGAAACCUUUGGCCUGCCCAGAUUGUGGUGAAAGAUUCUCUCACGAGGAUGGGGUUAAGACACAUAAGUGUGCUGAUGUGAAUCAUGGUGAUCAAGACACUUUAAAUGUAAAUGUUAGGUUAAUUUGAUGAACUUUCAUUCACAGAAUAAUUUCAGAAAAACCAAAGGUUAACACCAACCGUAAAGGCGUAGGGUGAAGCCAUGGCUUAUUAUGCCUACACCAAGCUGUACAAAACAAAAACAUAGUUCAGAAAAAAAAAAUCCUCAAAAGCACCCACACAAAUUGCAACAUCAUGCAGAGUGAAAUUAAAUGUGUAAUAAAAAACGAAAACACAUUUGAAAAAAACAAGCUUUGCACAAAUUUAAACAUACUUUUAAAAAGCACACAGUUUUAGGUCAUAGGUGUAGUCAUUCCACAAGUAACACCUCUAAAAGAGACACGUCUUUGUUUUAUAUUGGUUCUGGUCUUGUGCUUGUCCAGUUCCCCUUAGAUCCUAACAACUCUGUGAUUUCAAACAGAUUUUGAAUACCGUGGCAAAGUAAAUUGUGUACGUUGUAGAUUACUUCUGCCAUUUUAAAUUCUCCUCAGUCAUACAUUUUACAAGUAUUUAAAUAAUGCAUUUGUUGGUUCUGUGUCUUUAGAUGAAUUAAUUAUUCUAAUAGCUCUUUUCAGUAGCUUAAAAAUUGGGUGCGUAUUGGUUUUUAUGUGUUUCCCUCUAUGUGAACACCAUAAGUCAUGCAUGGAAGUAAUAGUGAGCACUAAAGUCUCUGUAUUUCAUGAUUUUAUAUACAGAACAUCCUUGGUUUUACAGAAGAAGUACUUAGGCGACAUUGCAGAUAUCAUUGAUAUAUAAUCUGAAUAAUUUAGGGCCUAAUACAGACCCUUGGGGAACCCAACAAGUGGCCUUUAAUAGUUUUGGAUUUUUCAUUGUUAAAUUGCACAUAUUGAUUUCACUCAUCCGAAUAAAUGAUGGUGAAUUGGUAAUUUUUUUAACCCAAAUUAAUUGUCAACAGGGACGGGGGGACGUUUUGUGGAGAGCAAUAUUUGUUUAGGGGGACUGGUUUUAGGGAGAUUUGGACUAUGAACCUUCACCGUUAACACAUAUUUCCAAAUAUUGGGGAUGUGGGGGGGCUUUAAGUUUUUAGGGGGCUAAAGCUAAAACAGCUAUGCCCUAAAAUAGACCUAACGAUGCCACUGGAUUACAGAUUUAUGUGAAUGUUUGUACUAUUUUCUCUUUAUUACUUUUUACUAAUACCAUAUCAAUAUCAAAACAAUCAGUGGAUUUUUUUUUUUAAAGAGUUUUUACAAUACCUACUAUUUCUUUAUCAUUUACAGCAUUAAUAAACAGAGGAUGGUUUUUUAAAAUAUAUUCCUUGGCACGGGAAUUUCUUUUGCUCGUUCACAACCAAUAUGGACAAAAAGUUAUCAAAUUCACUAGCUAGAUCUCAGAUUUUUUUCAACAACAAUUUUAUCUUUUAUAAAAUACUCUGCACAUUCAGUUUUUUUGGAACUGUUUUAAUUAUAUUAUUUAGUUCUCUCCAGAUUUCUUGUGUAUUGCUCUUGUUUUGCUCCAGUAGUGAGUGAUAAUGUGUUUUCUUUCUUGUUCUUAUAACAUUUACUAAUUUACUUUUGCAUGUUUUGUUCUGUAUUUCAGCAUCAAAUGUUUUUUCUUUGUUCUUGCAUUCUCUAUCCCUUUCGUAAUCCAUGGGCUUUAUACACUAACAGCACUGUUUUCUGGGAACAUUUUUUAACUCAUUCACUGCCAGCCUUCCCAGUUAACAUGGAUAUUUGACUUCUAAAGCCGUCAAUGGCAGUUAAUGUGUUAAUAGGGCAAUGUUUCUCAUAUAAUGAGAUUACAGUUGAAAGGAAUGCAUCGUAUGCGUUAUUGGGGUCUUCAUUUGCGUUAACCUCAUUCCAAUUUUGUUUCCAUAAUUCCAUUUGAAACAUAGCAAUGGAUAUUUGUGAAUAUAUUAUCGAGUGUGAGUUUGUUUAUUUUAAUAGUUUCACAUUACAUUUCGAUGGUGUUAUUCUUAUAUACAUUCUGGUUGCAUCUCAGUGGUCUAUCCACAUAUUUAGCAACCCCCCCCCUUCCACCCCACCCCACCUCCACCUCCACCUUUUAUUCUCCCUGUUUAUUGUAAAUAACUCAUCUCCAUCCAGUCUCAUAUCACAUGCUUUCUCCGUGUCAAGCCAGGUUUGUGAUAUUGCACUUAUAUUAAAUACCUAGAAUUUAUUCUGGUAUUUUUUGAGUGAAAUUGGAUACAGACUUCUAUUCAAGUGUAUGAUAGAUAAAUGUUUAAAUGUUUUAUAUCAAAAGUAAUUACAAUCAUACUGACUCAUAAAAAUCUACAUCUUUGCA